AUGUCUGUCCUUAGAGCUCAUCUUCUCGCCGUACGCAACCGAGGACCGAGCGACCUAACCGAACUAUUCACAAGUACUGUUGUUGAAGCAGUCUACAUUCAGCACAAGCUUCAAUUCGGCGAGAAGCACCACCACUACUCUGGAAUUUUCAGCGUGGAAGAUUCCUGCUACCUUCAAGGCGUCCAGAUGCAAGAGCGUACUCCUCCUGCUGCUAUUGAGCAGUCGGGCGCAGAUUCAGACAGCGACAGUCCAAGCACUCUAACACCACCUUUGGACCGUAUGGCUGAUCUUCCGGACCAAAGUGAGACUGCUGAAGCUACUGGCAAGCGUUGGAUUGCUCCAGAAGACAAAAACUUACCUGUUUUGAAUGAACAAUCUCGGGGUGAUAUGCGCGAUGAACGAGCCGGGGAGCAAAGCGCUCAUACACACGAUGAAGGCACGGGGAAGUUGGAAGAACACGAUGAUGAAGCGGCGCUUGAGCUAGGCCAUUGGCUUCGUAUCAAAGCUAAAUUUCUUUGCUUAUGGGCGGAGGAUGAUGGCAAGGGCGCUUACUGGUCGAAAAAUGCUUUUGAGAUCUCCGCAGUUCGCUUGAGGCAUGGGGCUAUAGAUCCAAAACGAGUCUUCCACGAAGAGUCCGAAGAUGAGCGUGAUCCCAGUGUAGAUAGGGCAAUGAUCACGCCGAGCGAGCUGCCGGUCGAGGUAAUAGGGCGAGUCGACGCCAAAACUUGGUGUUACAGACUGACGAUCUUACCCAACGAGUUCUGUUUCAGGUUUCCCAUGCCCAAGUCCACGUGGUUCACGGAGGAUCAAUUGGAAUUCGACUGGGAGGCCACCUAUCGUGAAGGGAAUAUAAAGCCAAGGCAAUCGGCUCUUUGGAGCAUGAUUCCCUCGGACAUGGAGAAAUACUACCGGUGA